AUGACUCUUUUUCCUGUUCUCAACAUUACUAUUGCUUUUCUGUUAAUUAUUGGAAAGACUACUUGCAUCAGUGCUGGGAAAUCGAUUGCGUGCGAUGGCGUAAUCCAAGUACACGAUCAACAAGAUCUUGACGGUUUACAGAACUGUCCAACCUUCUCAGGCACAAUCGCAAUAAUCUCAACUUCUCUAAAGUCGCUCAUCAUUCCGCAUGUUCAAAAUCUACGUGGGACAAUCGACGUACAAAACAACGCUUUUCUGGAGAUGAUAGCGGUUCCUCACUUGAAGAACGCGAACAAUUUUGUGUUGAACGAAAAUCGCGCAUUGAAUAUCGUUGAUGUGCCGUCGAUGACUCAAGCAACCACGUUUAAUAUUAACGGUGCCCCAUCGUUAAAAUCCAUUAAUUUUCCUUCGCGUCUCGGUCAAAUCGGAAAUCUGGAAUUAUCGAAUACGGGUGUGAGGGAAUUGAACGGGGUGGACGCAAAAGCGAUUAAUAGUUUAAGAUUGACGAAUAAUGCGAAUUUGGAGAAUGUUUCUCUGACAAAUACUAAAUCCAUUGGAUCAAUUUCUCUUUCGAAUAAUGCAAAGAAUGGACUUCAUUUCGAUGCUCAGAAUUUAGAUGAACUUGGUGAAGGCGAAUUCAAAAGUCUUGCAUCAACUUCACUUCCAUCUCUAACCAAGGUAAAAUCCAGUUUAACAUUCAGCGAAAAUUCUAUGAAAUCACUCGAAAUUCCAAAACUAUCUGAAAUCGGUGGAACAUUGAAAAUUAUUUCAAAUGACGGCCUCAAAUCAACUGCUUUUCCAGAGUUGGCUCACAUUGGCGGAACACUUCUCCUGACAAAUAAUCCACAGCUCGACGAUAUUAAUGGAUUCCCAAAACUCGCAAAUGUCGAUGCUGCCGUUGAUGUCACCGGCAGUUUCAAUAAAAUGUCGAUGCCGUCGUUACGUGAAGUUCGCGGUGGGAUGAAUGUACAAUCGAGCUCAAACGAAUUCAAGUGCGAUGCUAUUAAUGGUCUCAAAGGGAAUGUGGUCAAAGGAGACGACGACAAUUUUGCAUGUGCCUCUGGAGUUACGAGCCCAAAGCCACGAAUCAGUAAAAUCAAAGCUGACAAUGCUAAGACAGAUGAAUCGAAAAAAGUCGACGAAAAGCCUGCCAAUAAAGAUUCAAUUAUUGAUAAUGUAGAAGAAGAAAAGAAAAAGAAAAAGAAAAGUGAUGGUGACACCCGAUAG